AUGGAUGCUGUUACAAAUGACAUAUGUGGACUGUUCUUUCUUUAUGGGCAUAAAGGAACACGAAAGACUUUCGUAUGGAAAACUUUGUCGGCUGCUAUCCAUUCAAAAGGCGAAAUAGUUAUAAAUGUUGCUUCCAGUGGUUUUGCUUCGCUUCUACUUCCAGGUGGCAGAACUGCUCAUUCGAUAUUUGGACUGCCAAUAAUUGUACAUGACAACUCCACAUGCAGCAUCAAACAACAGAGCCCACUGGCAGAAUUGUUGUCUAGAGCAAAGCUAAUCAUAUGGGACGAGGCACCGAUGAUGCACAUGUACUGUUUCGAAGCAGUCGACAAAAUAAUGAAAUCUAUACUUGAUUAA